AUGGCAGGACAGGAUUUAUUUACAGCUGAACUUGAUGCUUUAGAAAAGCACCGCCGGCAGCUGGACAGUGAAAAUGAGCAGCUGCAGGAGUCGGUGGAAAGCUUGAGGAUAAAAUUCCAGCGCCUCAACAGCAGACGGAUUGAAAAUGCAAGAAGCUGGCAGAAGCAGAAGGAGAUUCUUGAAAGACAACAUGAAUAUAGUAAAAAUCUGAUAAGGUCCAUUAAGAUGAACUUUGAAGAAACAAGUGGACCAGCUGAGUGGUUAAAAUGUGAUCGUAAUGACAUAGCACAGCUAAGCGUGGUCCUUCAGCAGACACGAAACACUGAAAGAGAAAAUGUAGAGGACUCAUUUACUGACAAGUCCAAAGAACUUAAUGAGCUUAAAGCUGACCACGAAGAGCUUCAGGACGAGAUCAGUGCUUUGAAUGCAAAGCUUCAGAGCAUUAAUGCCAGGAUGGCAAAAGAAACCAAGAAUGUCCGGCCAAGAGAAAAGAGCCCUGACAAAACCCCUGAUAAGAGCCCUGAUAAGGGGUCUCUUCAGGGCUCUUAUCAGGAUAAGACCCCUGAUAAAACCCCUGACAAGACCCCUGAUAAGAGCCCUUGUGAGACCCCUGAUAAGAGCCCAGAUGAAACCACUGAUAAGACCCCUGAAGAAAUCCCAAAACCGACGUUGCUCAAAUGAGUUGGACAUAUUUUGAUCAAUAUGUACCAAUCUGGAAUGCUGAGAUACUGGGUGCCACCGUGGAUUUUUUGAACUGAACUUCUACCUUUAUUAUUUAUUAAUCCAGCACUUUGUCUCUUUUUAUUUUCCUCCAUGGGGUGGGGAGAGGUUCAUCUGAGGACUUGAGCAAGCACUGGAAAGUCUUGAACGGAGCUCACUUCUUGAAAUGAGAUGAAGAGAAGUAAUUGUGUCAUCAUCCACAAAACUGUGUACUGCAGCUAAGUUCUGAUGCCAAGGAUUAGCAGCGGAUAAGAGGAAUUUUAACUUAACUUUCUUUCCUGCGGCAGUCUUUACAUCAGGACACAUAAAAGAAGUAUUUUCAAACUGCUCAAAAUAAUACAAAUAAUUAUGACCAUUACACAUUUCAAAUAGCUAACCUCAUUAAAUGCAAUUGUGUAGCGAAAUUACUAUUCUUCAAUGGUUUUCA